GCUUGAAUCACCGCCGGAGGAAAUCGCUGUGGGGUCAGAGGGCACGAAAAACUAGCGCCAUGGCCUCCACCAACAACAACACCACCUCGUCGUCGUCCUCGGCCCGAGAGGAGCUGCUGUCGUGCCCCGUGUGCCUGGAGCUGUUCGCGAUGCCCGUGGGGCUUGCGUGCGGCCACACGUUCUGCAAGGCGUGCGUGGAGGCGCACUGGGCGAGCGGCGGGCAGAGCGAGGGGGGCGCCUUCACCUGUCCCGUGUGCUGCCGCGUCUACAGGCAGCAGCCCGAGCUGAGCAAGAACGUGCUGAUUGCGCAGCUGGUGGAGGAGUUCCACGGAGCGCAGGAGAUUGGCGAGUCCCUCGCUGUCCCCACCUCCUCCUCCUCCUGCACCUCCUCCACCGCGGCCUCCCGCGACGUGCCGCGGUGCGGCGAGCACGGCAAGCCGCUGGAGUUCCACUGCCGCACGGACGGGACGCUGCUGUGCGCCACCUGCAUGCUGCUGGGCGGCAGGCACUGGGGCCACGGAGCCGUCACUGUCGAGAUGGAGCACCGCGCCAGCAGGGAGCAACUCGACCAUUUCAAGCAAAGGCUGGAGGAGGAAGAACGGAAAACGACCUCCAUAAUGAGCAUUCUGGAGGGAACCAUUCACUCGGUGUUGGGAGCCGCGGAGGAGGUGAAGGCGCGACUGAUGAGCGGCUACGACGAGCUCCUGCGUUUGAUCUCCCAGGAGAAGGAGGCAGCGAUGAGAUCCGUGGAAGAGGAGUGCCGGUCCCAGCUCUCUGAGAUCCACGAGCGGGCGGAGCGCUGCAGCGAGACACUGGGCAGGUUGCAGGAGGCGCUGAGCACCAUCUACAGCCUGGACGACACGCGGGAGCACGUGGCUUUCCUCGAGGGCUGCAUUCUAAACUGGGAAAGCUUCACGAGCCUGGGGAGUGAAUGCGCGGAGCUCCCAUCCAGCCCGGCGCUGGGCUCUGUGACCGCGGCCCCUCUGCAGGAGCGAGUGGACGAGCUGCUCCGCUCGUUCGCCCACGGAAAACCCCAGCCCCAGCCUCCCACAGAAGGAGGGCCUGACGCUGAAGAAUCAAUUCUGCCUCCGUUCACAGCCACGCAGGCCACCCAGAGCGACUCUGAUGACCGCGCGGAGGAAGUGAGACCUCUGCAGCCCCCGAGCAAUAACACGACGCAUACGGAAGAGACGGACGACUGGAAUCUGUUCGGUUUCCUGCACCGCAUGUUUUUUGGACAAGCGAAACCAAGCGGACCCAGCUACGCGGAGCUGGUUUGCAGCUACAGCCGCACGCCGACCCUCAACCCCAACUCGGCCCACCCUCGCCUGCGCAUCUCCGGCGACCGCCUGACGGUGCGUGUCACCUGGCCUGCGCAGCAUCUUGCCGACCACCCGGACCGUUUUGAUGGCUGGUACCAAGCGCUGGGCUCCGAGGGCGUCUCGUCGGGGCGAGGGUACUGGGAGGUGGACGUGAGCUCUGCCGGCUGGUGCUGCGUCGGGGUGGCUUACAGGUCGAUCGCGCGCAAGGGUCACGGGGAGGAGUGCUGGCUGGGUCACAACGACACCUCGUGGGCCCUGUACGUACGCGGGAACGAGGUGACGGCCCAGCGCAGGGGGAUGGAGGUCCCGGUGACGAGAGUAAGUGGGGGGGCAGGGGGUUCUCUCCGUAGGGUCGGGGUCUACGUGGACUUCGAGGGGGGGCUCCUGUCGUUCUACAGUGCCGGGAAGACGGAACCGCUCCACACCUUUCACCACAAAUUCACUCGUCCCCUCCUGCCGGCGCUCGGCCUCUAUGAUUUGUUUGUGCUCGAUGCCAACGUCGACAAUUCCCUGUCGAUCGUUGAGCUCGAGUGAAACAGUGAGCGGGGCCGUUCACCAAAGGGAAACCGACUGUCCCAGAUGUCCCUUUGGAUAGAUGGUCGGAUAUGCGGCGUACUGGACGAUAGGUGAGAUUUGACUUAAAACCAAAGAUUGCACUAUGCAAUCCUGUGCUCAUCAGACUGUAGAAAUUUUUCGGCAAAUAUCGGCAGAGCUGUGCAGGAUGGCGAGAGGGCCUGAGACCAGAAAUGAGAGGUCCCCACGAGUCCUGCGACCGAGGGCAAGACCAUAGGAGUGGACGGUGCAGGGAGACUGUAGGGCUCUCGCGUGUUUCCCGUGCAACAGCUGUGCGAUCUGGCGGAGGGUGGAGAGCGGCGGCGAUGAGGAGUGCUGGUUGCAUCGGUGUCUUUUGCCACGGUGACCCCGCAAUCCUAAAUCUUGACAAAGGACCAUUUUUUAAACCUGGAAACACUUGUUUCUAAUGUUAGCUCGCUCGGCCAAUUGUUGUCUUUCCAGUAGUGCUGGGCACAGUCCACACAGUAGCGCAUUCGCCGCUCAUUGCAGAGGUUCACGGUUCGAACCCAACGGCCGCCCUGGUUAUGAUUGUGGCGGCGAUGGAUUAAACAUGGUAAAGCUACUCGGCGUCUGCUUCACUCGCAGUUGGCGUUAAAAAGAUUCCCUGAUGCCGUUCGCAAGCGUAGGCCACCGUGUGCUGGCGUUACGGUGAAAAUUUUGGCCAAUUCAGAAAUGACUCAAUUGGGACUUAUACACAGCAAACAUUGCUCCCUCACUGCCAGACUGAUAUCUGCUCUCAGGCCAGGUGCUGAGUCGCAUUGUGCCCAAAGGGACAGCUGCCGCUGGGGGGAGUGUUCCCUUUCUCAAUUGUUUCAGAUGAGAUGCAAUGUAAAGUGCUCCGAGAAGCCCCAGCGUCCUAGGCGCUGUAUCAAAACCACAUUAUUGUUGACUCGUGCGUGGCCUGUUGAAGCUAGUUAAGUACCCUUCAGCCGUGUGUCUGACCGAGGGCAGCGGCAGGAGGGGGCAGGGGACACCCGAUCGGCGAGAUGCAGCGGGAGGAAUGCGGCGACACAGAGGCUCCCUGUUCUCCACACAGGUGACUCCGCGAGGAGCCAGGGGUCUCGGGUUUCCCGGGCGCCCCCCCCCUCCACACGCCGCUCGGCACCAAAUCGCUGUCACCACCCACGGCCGGGCCCCCCCCACCUCCGCCCCUGUAUCCCACUUGCCGCCAAUCUUCAAGUCACCUUCGACGCAGUUAGAACUCAAACGAGCCUGGUGCGGUGCCCGUCUCCUGGCCACUGCCCUGAGCCGGUGGUGCAAUGGCCACGUGGCAGGGGCGAGGGGGUGUCCGUAGGACAAGCCACUGUCGGCUUUAUUGACACCAUAGGGAUGAUGGGCUGAGUUGACUUUUGACCAAAGACCGCAGUGUCCAAACAACUCUCAACACCCACCACACUGCAGGUCACCUCGCUUUUCUUUCUGCUUCAGCCCUCAAACUGCACCACUUUGGAAUUCCCUCUCCCAUUAUCGUCAUCUCUUUUCCCAAGCUCUUAUUAACAAUCUUGCUCACUUUAAGAAACUUGUCAAUUAUAUUUUACAACUUUGAUACUCGUGCUCUUUGUUGCUGGCCGCUUAGCGUUUGUGGGCCUGUGCUCAGCAAACCUAAAAAAUAUAUAUUGAAUAACUAAGAGUUCAGGUCAGGCCAUGGGCAUGCACAGCCGUUGUACGUGCACCACCACUCAUGUUUUUCUCAUUAAUUGUGUCCUAGGCCCAGCUCCGAGUGCUCAUGGUUUGGCAGGUCCACAAUUUCGGAGGUACAUUUUAAACACUUUUUAAGACGUGGAUAAUUCUUUGUGUAAUCAUGGCCUAUGGACCAUGAAGUAAAACCCCCUCUCGGCCCGGCGUUCCUUCAACGGAGGAGGAAUAGCAAUGCGACACGAACUGUCUGGCUCCUGAAGUCCCUCUUGUGCCAGCAGACCUCCGCAAUCGUGGUGGUGCAUUUGAUUUUGUGUGUCCAUCAGACAAUUGACUUAUCCAUCAAUAAGCCAUAUUUUCUCAAGCAUAUAAAUAAUUGCCUUCAAAUUGUUACCUCGUGCAUUGUUGGGAUUGUUCUAAAGUGGUGCCCUAAUUUGUGUAAUUAUCCAUUUGUAAACCGUAUCGGAUGGCUGACUUGCGGUGGCGAGCUGCCAUGUCAAUAAUGACCGGGGACCACCAAGCGCGUGCGUCAAGUGAAGAGCUGCCGCUGAUGUGACGACUGUCCCUCUUAUUCCGCUCGUUUACCCAGGAAAGCCUCAGUGAGUCUCGAGACCUUAUUUUCAGGAGGUUCCUGCCAAGCUUUCGCAGUAGUGGGUGG